AUGGCUCCACUGGAUGGACUUAGAUCAUUCCUGGCGUCUCACACUGAGAUGUCUUCCACGAGGAACCCCCCAACCCAAGGCUACCCAGCCGUCCCAGCAUCCCUCGCCGCCAACUAUGAGAUGCACGACUACGCAACAGAGGAGGCCGCUCCUCCUCCUUCCACAGUACCCUACUACACACCUUAUCUAGGACUUCGAGCCCGACUAUCGCAAGUCUGGAUCAACCGAUGGACCAUCUUACUACUUCUCAUCAUCGUACGCCUUCUCCUCGCUAUUGGAGAUAUCAACAAAGCCAUCGGUUCAGCCAAAGACGAAGCAUUAUCCGCCUGCAGCAGCGUCGAGAACGUCGGCAGUGCCAUGGCAUCGAUGCCACAUUAUCUCUCCCAAGGCGUCAAUGCAUUGGCGGCUGAUGGCAUCACCAACGCUGUUGAGGGACUGAUGAAGAUGGUACUACUUACCAUCACCGGCGUCGAAGAGAUCAUUCUUUUCUACAUCAAUAUGUUGACCUCCACAUAUGUCUGCCUUAUUACUCUUGUCAUUGGCGGCAGUCUGUCCGCCGCCAUCGGAUUGAUUCAGGACGUUACUGAUUUCUUCACCAAGGAGAUUAAGGAUCUCACUGGCGAUAUUGCUAACGAAAGCAAGCAACUCCAGGACAAGAUCAACGACUUGCUGGGCAAGAUCAGCUUACCUGGCCUUGGUGCCAAGCCACCCCAGAUCGACUUUACCGAUGGCAUCAAUAAGCUAAACGGCAUCAAAGUCGACCCCACAAAAUUCAACCAGGAAUUGACCAAGCUCAACGCAUCGAUCCCCACGUUCGACGAGGUCCACAAGUUUACUGACAGCAUCAUCCGGCUCCCAUUCGAGGAAAUCAAGAAGCUCAUCAAUCAGUCGCUUCCAGCAUACAAUUUCGAUGGAUCAGUCUUCCCAGUCCCGCAGAAGAAGGCUUUGACAUUCUGCUCAGGAAAUAGCAAAAUCGUUGAUUUCUUUACCGGACUUUUUAAGACCGUGGAGAAAACCAAGAUUGCCUUUGUCGUUAUCCUGGCGAUUGCUGCCGUCGCCGUUUGUUUUCCCAUGGCUUGGCUCGAGAUCAAGCGUUAUAGAACCAUGCAAAGGCGAGCACUAUUUUUUGGAAAGCAUGGGUAUGAUGGAUUAGAUAUCACCAACAUUGUUCAACGUCCAUACACUUCAAAUUUUGGCAUCAAAGUCGCUUCAAGGUUUAAAAGCACCAAAGCCCAGAUACUUACUCGGUGGUUUUUUGCCUACAUUACCUCGAUACCUGCGCUCUUCGUGCUUGCUCUUGGGUUCGCUGGUCUUUUCAGCUGUAUAUGUCAACUCAUCAUUCUGCGAGUCGUCCAGAAGGAAGUUCCAGCCAUCGCACAGGAGGUUGGAGGUUUCGCUGACGAGGUCGUUUACGCGAUGGGUAACGCUUCAGAAAGUUGGGCCACCGAUUCCAACAAGGUCAUACUUGGCGCUGGAGCACAGGUCAACAAGGACUUAUUCGGCUGGGUCAAAACCUCAACGGAAGCGGUCAACGGCACGCUCAAUGGAUUCACCGACAAGAUGAACGAAGCUUUGAACGCUACCUUUGGUGGUACACCCCUGAUUGGCCAUGUCCAAGGUCUCGUAAACUGCCUCAUUGGCAUCAAGAUCGCAGGCAUAGAGAAGGGACUCACCUGGGUUCAUGACCACGCACAUGUUGACUUCCCGACUUUCCGACCAGAUGUCUUUUCUCUCGGCGCUGCUGCGUCGCUCACCAACUCGACGGCUGACGAUUCCUUCCUUGCAAACCCAGGAGAUGUGACCGGCGACGGUAUCACAUCUGCCAUCGCCAAGGUCUCAGACAAAUUGAAGGACGGGUUACGCAUCGAAGCAAUAAUCUCGGCCUGCCUCAUUGCGCUGUGGUUCUUUAUCGUGCUAAUUGCGUUGGUUCGUGUCAUAGUUGCUAUGAUGUCCAAUGACAAGACUCGCGCUGAAGGCGGACCUAUUGGUUAUACUGGCGAUAAUCGAGGCGCACUUACACCACGUUCUCCAAAGAGAAACAAUGGCAGCACGUUCCCAACAUUCGGUGGACCGCUGAGCGCGACUCAACCAGAUAUGAACGAUCGCGAUCCAUUUGCAGAUCGCCACUCGUUGCACGACGAGAAGCACGACGUGCACCACGGUGUCGCACAACGAAACGUGGAAGUCAAUGCCCACCCUAGUCACUCGAGGAGCAGCAGCUACGGAUUCAUCGAUGAGAAGAGAUAG